GAAGCGAAGGAGACGGAGGUGGACGAUGCAGCCUUCGAAAACAACUUCUUGUACAGAACCCUGUGCCAAAGUCUCCUGGAGCGAGCGCUCAAGCUCCUGAGUGAGAUGCAGCGAGAUGAACUGCUAUCCCUAAAGCGGGCGUAUGCAGCCGAACAGCGCAUCGCGCUGCAGCACUUGUGCCAGUUGGAGACAGACCUGGUAGAGAAGGUAGUUCAGCAGGAUCUUCAGGAGUUCGAGGUCCAGCUGGCCUCCCGCUUGCUCUCAGAAUCCGAGCGGCAAAUUACGGAAGAGCAUCAGCGGCAAGCUAGCCGAGUGAACGAGGAUGUUGCCAAACAGCUGGAGCAGUACAGGCGUCAAGUAGCAGAAGAGGACCAGGCCACCGUGCGGGACCGUCACAAGUGGGUGAUGAGCAGGAUUGUCUUUCUUCAAGCCAAUGGAACUGUCAAUCCAAAUGACAGGGCUCUCCUAUCGCGUCUGCGCGCUGAGCUCCAUGCAUGCGACUCCAAGAUUGAUGCAUUCAAUGCUCUGAUGGCACCGGCACGCUCUGCGACUCCAGACCAGGGAGGGGAUGUUUCCUCUCGCCGGCCGCCCUCCUCCGGACGGAAACGUCGGUCCUCGGAUGAGCUUGCAGCCGCCGAGGUGCCAGGUACCACGCAUGGCCUGCCGGAGGAGCCAUUGCCCCUGGGGCUUGCCGCCCUGGGCCUCCGCCCAAACCGGGCAGCAAUGCCCUUUGGCCGUGAGUCUCCAGACUUCGGUGUGAAAGCACCGCCCCACCCCAUGGACUGGGCCUUUAACUCGCCGCCUCCGCGGCACAGCCUGGGAACACGUCUGAAGGCAGACUACCUGGUGCCGAAAACCCCGUAUGGCAUGCAGGAUGCUCCAGUAUCUCAGGUGGGGGACCUGGGGCCAGCAGGUUCGCCGCCUCGCCCACCCAUGAAGAUGUCGCCUUCAACCCGCACGCGAACAACCCGUUUGCCUCCAGUGCCGCUUACCGCGCGCUGA